AUGAGAUCCGAUCCCAGUCAGAGGGAUCCUAAUUUGUGGUGCGAAUACCAUGGGACCAAUGGUCACCGGACUGGGGACUGCCGAUAUUUGCGCGAGGAGGUAGCGAUUGCUGAAAACGGCCAUCUUGGAGAAUUCUUAAGUAAUCGGGCUAAAAAUAACUACGGCCGCAAUCGUGAUAACGCGGAACCUUCGAAAGCGGGAGAAGAUCCUCUACGUUUGACGAUCAACAUGAUUUUUGAGGGAAACGAGAUUAAUGGUGUGAUAUUUUCUACGGCAAAAAAGACGAAGGUGUCGGUAAACCACAGUAAGAGACUCCGUAUUUCGUCGGAGAAAGAUGCAAAUGGACUACUGCUACCGCACAACAAUGCUUUGGUAAUCUCUUUAAAUAUCUUAGAUUUUAAAAUUAAACGCGUUUUGGUGGACCUAGGAAGUUCAGCCAAUAUUAUCCAGUGGAGAGUGCUGGAGCAAGCCAAGCUGACCGGAAGUAUUAUUCCAGCCACAAACCUUCUCGCCGGGUUCAAUCUGGCAAGCAUGAAAACCCGAGGAGAGAUCUUGCUGCCUACGAAUGUCAAGGGAGUGAUGAAGACGACCCUCUUCGAGGUAGUAGAUGGCGAUAUCGGCUAUAAUAUUAUUCUGGGGAGACCGUGGUUGCACGAGAUGAAGGCAGUGCCGUCAACAUAUCAUCAAUUACUGAAAUUCCCCACUCCCGAGGGAAUUAAACAAAUAAUAGGUGACCAACCGGCAGCAAGGGAGAUGAACGCAAUCUCAGUUUUCAGUAGCAAAGGGAAGGAGCAUGUAACAUAG